CCGCCAGCCACAGCGCCACCGCCAGCGCCAGCCACAGCGCACAGCGACGCCUUCUCCAGCCUCCUCGCCAUCCCCGCAGCACGCCCCGCCGAGCCCGCCAAGGACAUGACCAUGGCGCAGAAGCAGGCGGCGAUCGCAGAGGAGCGGCGGCGAAGGGACGAGGCGCAGAGGAAGCAGUUUGAGGCCGACGGUGCCUUCUGGGAGAACCUCGGCAGUCGAAGCAGCGCCGCCACGUCCGCGUCGUCCCGCUCCAACCACGGCACGUUCUGGGACCAGUAUGGCGACGACGGCGACCUCUUGUCCGCAGGCUCAAACCCCGUAUCGCAGCCGCGAUCCCACGCCCACUCGCCUGCGCCGCUUCCGCCCGCACACACCGACCCGUUCGACUUUGACGCCUUUGAGAACACGCUGAAUGGUUCCGCCAAAGCGGCCCUGGCAUCCGAGGCGAGCAACAGCGGAGAGACAUCAGCGAUACGGACCCCAGUGUCAAACGUCGACUUGUGGGAUGGUGACGGGAAUGAUGACGACUUGCUUGGAGAGCUCGGUAGACCUGCUGCAUCCAAGCCCGCUCAGACCAAGUCCACGCUUCCCCGCACCCCUCAAGAACCUCCACCCGCGUCUCCUCCACCCCAUAUUGUCGGCCAGAUUGUCGAAAUGGGCUUUGCCCCUACGCAAGCUCGGCAGGCGCUCGCAAAGACGUCAACCGGUACAGACGUCCAGGAAGCUCUCGAGCUGCUUCUCGGUAGUGGCCAAGGCCAAGGCCACGCGCCUGGUAAUGCCGGACCGAGCGGAUCAUGGGAUGAUCAUCUACCCGAAGCUGAUGACGAUAGGAUCGAGUACGAGCGACGUAAACGCCAAGAAGCCGAAAAAGAACGACGGCGUAGACGGCGUGCUGGUCCGUCCCGCGAUUCUGUAAAGGCACGUACGACCGAGGAACAAGAGCGAGAUGCCGCCGCUGCCGCUGCCAACGCGCAAGAACAGGCCGAACGUAUUCUUGCGCAAGCAUCCGAGAUUGGACAGAGUAUGUUUAACAAGGCUACAUCGUUCUGGAACACCAGUAAAGAACGGGCUAUAAAGGUGUAUGAAGAGCAGAGAAAGGCUCUGGAGGCGGCGGAAAGGGGCGAGGAUCAGAAGAAGAAGGAUACGAGGCCAAAGUGGAUGCAGGAAAAUGAAGGUUGGAAGGAUGAGAGAUCGCGCCAGGUCAGGGGAGGCUUCAAGGAUAGCGACGAUGAGCAAGAGAUCGGACCGUCAAUCCCUGCACCCAGGCGAGAGCAGAGACCUGCACGACAAGAGGGCAUCGCCGAUCUCUUGUCUGGCAAUGACCACCACCCAGCACAUCGCCCUACAUCUCGCCCUACAUCUCGCCCCGCAUCUCGAGCUGCACCGUCACCCAAACCCGCGGCGCCGCCUUUACCUCGUCGACCCCUCAUCUCUGCCACCCCCUUACAACUCGAGUCGUCAGCCGCUCACAAGACAAAGGGAAACGACCAUUUCAAACUCGGUCGUUUUACCGAAGCCGAGUCGUGCUAUUCAUCGGCGAUCGCCGCUCUCCCAAAAGACAACCUCUUCCUCAUCCCUCUCCUCAACAACCGCGCGACCACCCGGCUCAAGCUGGGCGACGCUGUCAACGCAGCGACAGAUUGCACCGCCGUCAUCGACCUCGUCGGCAUCUCCUACCACCCGGGCAAGGAAGCGCCCCUACCUGCAGAGUACGCCGACAUCAAGCUCGGCGACGGUCUUUCAAAAGCACUGGUCAAGAGAGCGCAAGCGUGGGAAAUGGGUGAAAAGUGGAAAGCGGCGUUGGAGGAUUGGGAACGGGUGAUGGGAUUGGAUCCUGUGCUCUUGGGCGGCACGAAUGCGGCUGCCAGUACGAGGAAUAUGGCAGCGCAAGGUGCGAGGCGGGCGAAAAAGAUGAUGCAGAGUGGUGGAAAUGUUGCUGCCGCCGCUCCUGCCGUAGUCAGCAGCCCCGCACCGUCUACACCCGCCGCAGACGUCAACCGCUCGGCUGCCGUCGCCGACCUCCGCAAAGCCGCACAGGCGCUCGAGGCAGAGGAAGAAGCCAGACUCUUUCACAAGGACAACGUCGACGCAAAGAUCGCAAACUGGAAAAGCGGCAAGGAAACCAACUUGCGCGCGCUCAUCGCUAGUCUUGAUACAGUGCUCUGGGACGAUAUCGUGAAAGAGGGCGGGCUGAAAGUAGGGAUGCAUGAGCUGGUUACGGAUAAGCAAGUGAAGAUCAAGUAUAUGAAGGUGAUUGCGAGGUUGCAUCCCGACAAGUUGAAUACGCAAAACACAACAGUGGAGCAGAGGAUGCUGGCGAAUGGCGCAUUUGGAGUGCUGAGCGACGCUUGGCAAGCAUUUAACCAAUGAUUUUUAAAUCUUCUCAUUUACAUUGUUUUACAACAAUUGAGAAUCAUGCAUAUGAAGGACGUUUAUUAGACCCAAGGACUACAUUUCUUUCCCAGCCUCCUCCUUUUACAGGCGUAAUAACCUUUGACGACCAGGUCCUUUGAUCAAUCUGCCUCCCAA